GUCUUCUAUCAAUGCCCUCUCUUUCUUGGAAAUAACCACCCAAUAAUCCCUCUCCUUUUCCCACUCUAUACAUACCACAUUUCCUUCUUCAUUCACACCCUCUCACCCAUCCUCUCUUAAUCUCUCUCUCUCUCUCUCUCUAGUCUCUUGCUUCAUCCAUUCACCAUGGCAUCACAAAACCCAGAACCCCAUUUCCAUGAUUACUUGCCUUUCAUGGCCAACAAGCUCGGUGGUGACGGCCUCAUAGACGAGCUCUGUAAUGGGUUCAACCUUUUGAAGGAUUCUGAUAAAGGGGUCAUCACUUUUGACAGCCUCAAGAGAAAUUCCGCUUUGCUGGGCCUCAACGGCUUCACUGAUGAGGAUCUUCGCUCUAUGCUUAGGCAAGGUGACUUUGAUGGCGAUGGUGCGCUCAAUCAGUUGGAGUUCUGUGUCUUGAUGUUUAGGUUGAGCCCUGAACUUAUGGAGGGCUCUAAGUUGUGGUUAGAGGAAGUCCUUCAACAAGAACUUAGAGAUUAGUAUUCUUGAUUUUAUUAUCUUUUUUUUUUUGUUUUGUGUUUCUUUUCUUCCUCGUUGAUUGGUCACUUUUGGAAAUUGUCCCAUUUGUAUCAUGUGACUUGUGAGGAUGAAAAGAGAAAGAAAUGAAAUAGCAUUUCACAUUUCUUCGAUGUAUAUAUUCCUCUG